AUGCGCUUCCUCUGUUUGCGCUUCCUCUGCUUGCGCUUCCUCCGCUUGCGCUUCCUCUGCUUGCGCUUCCUCUGCUUGGGCUCCUCUGCUUGUGCUUCCUCUGCUUAUGCUUCCUCUGCUUGCGCUUCCUCUGCUUGUGCUUCCUCUGCUUGUGCUUCCUCUACUUGCGCAUCCUCUGCUUGUGCUUCCUCUGCUUGCGCUUCCUCUGCUUGCGCUUCCUCUGCUUGUGCUUCCUCUGCUUGCGCUUCCUCUGCUUGCGCUUCCUCUACUUGUGCUUCCUCUGCUUGCGCUUCCUCUCCUUGUGCUUCCUCUGCUUGCGCUUCCUCUGCUUGCGCUUCCUCUGCUUGUGCUUCCUCUGCUUGUGCUUCCUCUGCUUGUGCUUCCUCUGCUUGUGCUUCCUCUGCUUGUGCUUCCUCUGCUUGUGCUUCCUCUGCUUGUGCUUCCUCUGCUUGUGCUUCCUCUGCUUGCGCUUCCUCUGCUUGUGCUUCCUUAGCUUGUGAUUCCUCUGCUUGCGAUUCCUUUGCUUACGCUUCCUUUGCUUGUGCUUCCUCUGCUUACGCUUUCUCUGCUUGCGCUUCCUCUGCUUGUGCUUCUUGUGCUUGCGCUUCCUCUGCUUGUGCUUCAUCUGCUUGCACUUCCUCUGCUUGCCCUUCCUCUGCUUGUGCUUUUGACGCUCGCGCUUCCUCUGCUCAUGCUUCCUCUGCAUGUGCUUCCUCUGCUUGCGCUUCCUCUGCUUGCGCUUCCUCUGCUUACGCUUCCUCUUUGCGCUUCCUCUGCUUGCGCUUCCUCUGCUUACACUUCCUCCACUUGCGCUCCUCUGCUUGCGCUUCCUCUGCUUGCGCUUCCUCUGCUUGUGCUUUUGACGCUCGCGCUUCCUCUGCUCAUGCUUCCUCUGCAUGUGCUUCCUCUGCUUGCGCUUCCUCUGCUUGCGCUUCCUCUGCUUACGCUUCCUCUGUUUGCGCUUCCUCUGCUUCUUCUUCCUGUGCUUGCGCUUCCUCUGCUUGCGCUUCCUCUGCUUGCGCUUCCUCUGCUUGUGCUUCCUCUGCUUGUGCUUCCUCUGCUUGCGCUUCCACUGCUUGCGCUCUUCUGCUUGUGCUUCCUCUGCUUGCGCUUCCUCUGAUUCUACUUCCUCUGCUUGCGCCUUCUCUGCUUGUGCUUCCUCUGCUUUCGCUUCCUCUGCUUGCGUUUCCUCUGCUUGCGCUUUCUCUGCUUGUGCUUCCUCUGCUUAUGCUUCCUCUGCUUGUGCUUCCUCUGCUUGCGCUUCCUCUGCUUGUGCUUCCUCUGCUUGCGCUUCCUCUGCUUGCGCUUCCUCUCUUGUGCUUUCAUUGCUUGUGCUUCCUCCGCUUGCGCUUCCUCUUCUUGUGCUUCUUCUGCUUGUGCUUCCUCUACUUUUGCUUCCUCUCCUUGUGCUUCCUCUACUUGCGCUUCCUCUUCUUGUGCUUCCACUGCUUGUGCUUCAUCUACUUGCGCUUCCUCUCCUUGCGCUUCCUCUGCUUGCGCUUCUCUGCUUGUGCUUCCUCUGCUUGUGCUUCCUGUGCUUGCGCUUCCUCUUCUUAG